AUCGGCGGCUGAAAGGGCGGCUACGAAUCGGCGGCCCAAUCGGCGGCCUACUUCAGGUUGGUAUCUGUACGAUCCUGUACGUGUUGGUACGUGUUUGUACAGUGACGAUGGUUCAACUUACAAACUGACGUAGACCAAACGUUGCCUUGUGAUGCUUUAUAAGUUGCGUUUUUGGACAGGACUGCAAAGAUUUGCGCUGCAGCAUCUGUCAAGAGAGCGCAGUGUCUUCAGGCUAUUUCCGAGUGUGAGAGCGCAGACAACUUCGGCAAGUGCUAUGAGUCUAGAGCGGCGCAUCCUUCAGUAUGUUCAGCAGCAGGCGUUACGUGGAGACCCCGACAGUGUCAUGGCGGCCAUCGACAAGUUCGGCUGGGAGAGAGAAUUCGCCAUGAAUGUAGGGGAUGUCAAAGGAGUGAUCCUUGACCGGUUCGUGAAGGAGACGGCGCCGAAGACCAUGCUGGAGCUGGGCACGUACAUGGGUUACUCCGCCAUCAGGACCGUCAGGCUGCUGCCGGAAACAGCCAGGUUCAUCACCGUGGAGUUCAAUCAGGAGAAUGCCGCCGUGGCGAAGGAGAUGAUCGCAUUUGCAGGGUUACAAAAUAGGAUUAUACAGAUCAUGUCCGAUAGCGCUGAAGUCAUUCCCCAGUUGAAGACGAAGUAUGGCGUGGAAACACUUGACAUGGUGUUUAUAGAUCACUGGAAGGACGUCUACCUCAGAGAUAUCAAACUGCUGGAAACAAACGAGCUACUACGCAAAGGUACUGUAGUAGUAGCUGAUAACAUCAUCAAGCCAGGCGCACCAGAUUACGCCGACUACGUGCGAACCUGUGGCAAGUACGACUCUACAUUCCACGAGAGCAACUACGAGUACAGCAACGACAUCGACGGGCUGGAGAAGUCUGUGUACCGAGGCUAAACGAUACUAUUUUGUGCAAUUACAUUGUGCGACUAAAUACGUGUGUAAAGGAUUGUAAAUGUUUGCAAACAGGAAUCAUGAUGUUUUCCGUACGGAUCGAGGUUCGAUUGCACAAAUCUGAUACCCCAAGGAAGAAGAACUGAAAUGUACAAUAAAACACAAAGAUACAAUAUGAUGUGGUUAUAUAGUUCAGUGCAGUUAUUCUAUGUCUUUACUGUAACGUUUUGUGUAUUACUAGAC